AUGGAAAACCUCACACCAGAUCAAUGGCGCGAGAUCAUGAACAAGAAGAUGCAGUUCCCUCCGGAACUCAUCGCUGCCAUACAGGAAGGAAAAAUCGAGCUGGUAUGCGGUCUUCUGAAGACCGGUGAUGGCAUCAUUCGCCAGCUGGAUGACUCGGAAGACCGCCUAUGGAGGGAGGCCCUCAACCUGUCCAUCCGCCUGGGCAGCGAGGGCGUCAUGGAUGCCCUCCUGCAGGGGGUGAAGUUCGACUUCCGUCAGAUUCACGAGGCCCUGCUCGUUGCCGUGGAUACUAACCAGCCGCGAGUUGUCAAGCUCCUGCUGGACCGCUUGGACCAGGAGAAAGGGAACAAGAUGGACGUGCGCUCCUUCUCUCAGGCUAUAUUUGACCACUCCAUCGACAACUCCCAGUUUGCCCCAGGUGUGACCCCGCUGACGUUAGCCUGUCAGAAAGAUCUAUACGACAUCGUCACCAUGCUCACACAAAAAGGCCAUGGCAUCCCGUGGCCACACAAAAUUUCCUGCGCUUGUCUGGAGUGUCGCAACGGGCGUCAGUAUGACCUGCUCAAGUUCUCCUUGUCCCGCAUCAACACCUACCGUGGCAUCGCCAGCCGCGCCUACCUCUCCAUCACCUCUGACGACGCCAUGCUCAGUGCGUUCAGCCUCAGCAGGGAGCUUCGCAAGCUCUCCCAGAAGGAGCCAGAGUUCAAGCCGCAGUAUCUGAGCCUGGAAGAGCUUUGUCAAGAGUUUGCAGUGGAGCUGCUUGGCAUGUGUCGCAACCAGAGCGAGGUGACCACCAUUCUUAACAGCUGUGGAGACGAGAGCCAGGACUCAUUGGACGAGCAGGCCUUCGAGGAGGGAAUACCCAACCUGUCACGUCUGCGGCUGGCUGUCAACUACAACCAGAAACAGUUUGUGGCCCACCCCAUCUGCCAGCAGGUGUUGUCGUCAAUCUGGUGCGGCAACCUGGCAGGAUGGAGAGGCAGCAGAACAGCCUGGAAGCUCUUCGUCUCCAUUGGGAUCUUUUUCACCAUGCCCCUCCUUUGCCUUGCCUACUGGAUUGCACCAAAGUCAAAGGUUGGAAAGAUCCUAAGGACCCCCGUGAUCAAGUUUCUCCUUCACUCGGCCUCCUAUUUGUGGUUCCUCAUCACGCUGCUUGGUGAAUCCAUCACCAUGGAGAUGUAUCGAGAUAAAUUUGCAUCAAGGCAGCAGAACAUUCUCCACAGCUCCUUCCACAUGGUGUGGGUAGUCGGGUUCUUCUGGUAUGAGUGUAAGGAAGUGUGGAUUGAGGGCCUGAGGAGUUACUUCCUGGACUGGUGGAACUGCUUGGACAUGAUGGUGCUAAGCAUGUACUUGGCCUCCUUUGCUUUACGUGUGGUCAUCAUGCUGAAAGGACAUUUCCUGUGCCUUGAUGCUGACGGCACAGAGGAGUGCGUCUACUUCACCCAAACUGUGCGUGACGACUGGCGUCAGGAGGACCCUCAGUUGAUUGCGGAGGUUCUGUUUGCAGUCACCAGCAUGAUGAGCUUCACAAGGCUGGCCUACAUCCUCCCUGCUCAUGAGUCCCUGGGGACGCUGCAGAUCUCCAUCGGGAAGAUGAUUGAUGACAUGAUGAGAUUCAUGUUCAUAUUGAUGAUCAUCGGAACCGCCUUCCUCUGUGGUAUCAACAACGUCUACGUCCCCUAUGUCAUCUCACCACAUCUUGGCAGGUUUAAUGAGACAUUCCACUUCCUGUUCUGGACCAUGUUUGGUGUUGCCAACCAGGACUAUGUGGACAUGCCACAUUUUGUCCUGGCCGAGUUUGUGGGCCGCACUUUGUACGGCAUCUUCACGCUGGUCAUCGUCAUCGUCUUGCUCAACAUGCUUAUUGCUAUGAUCACUAACUCCUUUCAAAAAAUUGAGGAUGAUGCAGACGUGGAAUGGAAGUUUGCCAGGUCAAAGCUGUAUCUCAGUUACUUCCGAGAAGGUCUCACAAUGCCCGUCCCCUUCAACAUCAUCCCAUCCCCUAAAGCUUUCUUUUACAUCUUAAGGGGGAUCUUUCGACGUGUUUGCUGCUGCUUCACUUGCAAUGCUGAGAGGAAAUACCCACCAAUAGCUUCACUGUCCAACAAGAAGGGCUCUGAGGACAGCCAGCUACCGUACCGUCAGCAAGUGAUCCGAGCCCUGGUGCAGCGAUACAUCGAAUCUGCUCGUAGGGAGUUUGAAGAGACCAAGAGGAAAGAUAUUGGUAAUCGCAUCACUGAGCUGAGCAAAGCCAUCGUGAGGAUGCACAGUGACGUGAAAGUGGUCCAUCAGCAUGUAGUGGAUGGAGGACACCCUGCGGACGAUGCUGGGUCCAAAGACGGCUCGUCUUUCCUGGGAAGAUACAUCUUUGGUGCCAAGAACAAUUUCAGAUGUUUUAACAGCGGUCUGGAUGAGAAAAAUAAGUUACAAAAUCUAACAGUACAUCAAGGAGAGGACGAGGUGGACAAAAUAAAAGUGGGAGGGGGUGAUGAUGAGGAUGGCGACUGUGGAGCGAUAGAGGCGAAGCAUGCGUCUGACUCCGAGGUGGUGAAGAUGGAGGAGGGCAGAACACAACUGGAGAAAGAAACAACAGGAAAUGAAGCUAAAGAAGAGAAAAUGUUGGAGUCUGAGAAGCGAAGAGGAGGGGAGAACCUCCCAGAGACGACCAAACUUCCCAAAGUAAGCAACAACAAGGCCAACACGGAAAAUGAGCUGAACAAACGUAAAGACGGAUCGCUGCCGGAUAACAAAGUGGAGCCUCCGUGGAUAAAAGGUCGACAGUUCGAGCCCAAUGCUGCCGAGAGAUGCGAUGGAGGUGAAAAGCCUGCGAGCCAGAAAAGCAUCCCUUCACCAUCCGGCAGCGGCAGCUCCACAGACACUGGCUUUGCUUCUCAGGAAGGGGAAGGAUUGGUUCAUGACGGUGGGGUAUGUGAGUAGCCUCUCUUAAAACAUAUGUGGCUUGUGCUAAUCUCUGUUCUAGUCCAUCCUAAAGUUGUUGGAAGGGGUUUGGGUUAGUUCUUCCACACCAAACUCAUCCAAACUGAGAUACCGUACAGAAAAUGGCUUCCAAGUCGUCCAAUGUUUUUAUUCAGCUUUGGCUCUAUUAUUAAUGAAAUACUGUAUUGACCCAAAUAUUAGAUAGUAUAGUCCUUGGUUGGUCCCGGUUGUUGUAUCAUAGAACAUUUGUAUGGUUUUCAUUCAAUAUUGUAUCAUUCCACGAAAUCGAGUGUCCCUAAAACACCCUAAGGAUUGCCCACUCAUUGUCUGUGUAUUUUUGGAGUACGACUGCUAAAUAAUCUACCGUGGGGCCAAAGAACAUUGAUAACGAUGACAAACACUAUUGAAUUAAAUCUCGCCAGGAUGUACAGGAAGUCCGCAUCAACAAUAAUUUCCAUUCAUUCAUCAGUUAUUAUUAUUUUGUAUUGCUUUCUGCAUGUAAAACUAUAAUAAUUAUUGAUCAAAUAUUUAUAAAAACAUUAGAUUAACAUGUAUAUAUCAUAUUUGGUGUUGCAUCUUUGUUAAUCAUGGAAAUUUGGUGACACUUUAUCUUAUAAAUUAAAAACAUUGGUAAAAAUGUAGCAGCGGGCCGCCCUCCCGCCAUCUGGCCGCCCCGAGCCUUCAAACACACCCCGUUGAGCGGC